ACCCUGCCUUGGACGCUUGUCCCUCCAAAAAAAUAUCAUCUCUAUAUAUACAUACAUACAUAUACAUACAUCAAUACAUACAUAAAAGGAGCCUUUCUCUCACACCCUCUCUCUCUCAACACAAAGGCCUGCCCUUAUAAUUAUUAUUAUAAGUUACUUAGUUUGAUAUUAAUUUCUCUCUCAGCUUCCAUUUUCACCAAUACUAAAAUAGUAGCUCAUAUAGAGAGAGAGAAAGAGAGAAACUCUCGACAGCGCAAAUGGGAAGACCACCUUGCUGUGACAAAGUUGGGGUGAAGAAAGGGCCUUGGACUCCUGAGGAAGAUAUCAUUUUGGUCUCUUAUAUUCAAGAACAUGGCCCUGGUAAUUGGAGAUCAGUGCCUACUCACACAGGUUUGAUGAGAUGCAGUAAGAGCUGUAGGCUUAGAUGGACUAAUUAUCUUAGGCCUGGAAUUAAACGUGGUAACUUCACUGAUCACGAGGAGAAGAUGAUAGUCCACCUUCAGGCUCUUCUAGGCAAUAGAUGGGCUGCAAUAGCUUCUUAUCUACCACAGAGAACAGAUAAUGAUAUAAAAAAUUACUGGAAUACCCAUCUGAAAAAGAAGCUGAGAAAGCUUCAUACAGGGCAUGAUGGUGAAGGCCAUGAUGAUUUCUCAGCUAACAAUAAUUCACACCAAAUCUCCAAAGGCCAGUGGGAAAGAAGGCUUCAAACAGAUAUUCACAUGGCCAAACAAGCUCUUUGUGAGGCUCUCUCCCUUGACAAACCAAUUGACCAUCGCAAUUUGGGGGAAUCAAAGCCGUCCAUUAUGACCACGACAUCUUUCCGCACCAGUAGUGGUGAUCAUGAUCAUCAUCAAUCUGAUGAUCAUAAUAACACUACUAAAUCACACCAAACACCAUCAUAUGCAUCAAACGCUGAGAACAUUGCCCGGUUACUUGAAAGUUGGAUGAAGAAUUCGCCCAAAUCGGGUCAAGCAAACUCCGACCCGGCCCGAGGUUUGCACCGAACCCCGGUUGCUUACCAAGUCAAUAACGGUACUAGUACUAAUACUACUUAUUCCAGUUCAAGUGAAGGAGCUCAAAGUGGUACAACUACACCUGAUGAUCACCAUCACCAUCACAAUCACAGUAAUCUGGCCACUAAUAAUACCAAUACAAGUUUUGAGUACUCUUUGUUUAGCUUCAACUCCUCCACCGCAUCGGAAUCGGUCUCGGUGGACGAGACAACAACGGCGGCGAAUUUGACACCGGAGAGGGCCAGCACUCUCUUCCAAGAUGAGAGCAAGCCUCAUACCAAAAUGGAGGAGCCCCAAGCUCCUCUCACAUUGCUGGAAAAGUGGCUACUUGAUGAUGGUGCAGCUCAAGGGCAUGAAGACCUUAUUAACAUGUCACUAGAAGAUAGUGCAGCACUGUUUUAAUCUUCUUCAUCAUAAAACUAAAAAAAUAAAAAUAAACAAAGUAUAUCAAAGUUUAGGGUUUUUUUUUUCUUGUUUUCUUUUUGUUUUGUGGACAUAGCUUCUUCUAGGCAGCUCUUAGUACUUUUGUCUCUUAAGCCUGAGAAGACAAGUCAAAGGAAAUAACACUAUGCAGUAACUCACUGAAGGAAACGUAAAAACAAAAAAAAGUGUAAAUUAUAAUAUUACUACAUAUACAUAAAUACAUAUAUAUAUAUAUAAAUAUGUAUGAUGUCAUAUAUAGCUCUAUAUGUACUUCUGGUUAAUUUAUUAUAAUGAAACUGUUUUUCGUUUUCCUUAAUCUUCUGCUUAGAUCUUAUGUGAAUAAUAUCUGCAUUUGCUUGUACGUAACAUCAUUUUGAAUGAUGGUGCCAUUGUAUAUUAUAAUUAAGAAUAUAUUGAGUGGGAUUCUACAUUUAUACAGCUA